AACAGUGCCUCCCCGUGGUACUUCUCGGUACACACGCCGGCACAGGUUGCGGGGGCGGAGUCAAACAGCUGGAUAGCCCGGAGUGUCUCGUGGCGGCUAUCAUGCAGGUCGCGCUACGCGUUGAAGGCAAACGAACUCCCCUUUCGUUUUCCCGCUAUCACUAAAUGCUCUAAACGGGGUUUUCUCCUAGAAAACGCUAGAAAACGACCGUUUCUGCGCCCUUUUUGCUUUUGUUUCCCCUCGGCUAACUGAAAAGGGAAGACGCCAAGUCGUCUAACACUGAAGUUAAGGAAAACGACUUGUGGUGGGAGAAAAAAACACCACUUGCUAGAAAACGUAGCGGCGGAAGUGUGCCUGAAAAAUGACUCAUUUGCCGUCAGUGCAGAUGUCAGCCCCACACAGUUAAAUGUUAGAACAACUUGGGCACAUAUUGCUCGGGUGGUCGAAGAGGAAAAAAAGGAAAGAGGGUUCGCGGUGCCUGCCAUGUCUCUGUGGGUGAUCCUGCCGAUUAGCCUCCCAGCACUGACCAUCACUGGGAUCUGGGUUGUGUAUGCCAUGGCCCUCUACAACCAGCACGUCUGCCCAGUGGAUAACUGGUUGUACAACCAGUCGUGCGAAGAGGAGCUGUACUUGCAGAGUGGCCCAGUGUUGUGCUGCACGCUCAACAACAUACCUCUCAUCAGUAAAUGUGGGACGCUUCCGCCGGAGAGUUGCUUCUUCAGCCUUAUCUGCAGCACAGGCUCAUUCAUGGUCAUGGUGAUCGUGCUGCUCCGCUACGCCCACGUCAUUGAGAAGCACCAAAAUUGCGUCCUCAACACGGCGAGUCUCUCCACAGGCUGGAUCUGUGCGGCUGGACUCAUCAUGGUGGGCAAUUUCCAGGUGGACUAUGCCAAAAUUCUCCACUAUGUCGGAGCAGGCAUCGCCUUCCCCACCAGUAUGCUGUUUGUGUGCCUGCAGUCGGCGCUGACCUACCGGCUGGCCAAGACGCAGGGGGAGUACAAUGUGGCCCACCUACGGCUCUGCAUGACCUUACUCGCCUUCGUCGCCUUGGUACUCAGCGGCGUGUUUUUCUGCCAGGAAAGUUUCAUCCUGCAACACGCCUCGGCCAUCUUCGAGUGGGUCUUCUGCGUCAUCAUCAUGCUCUUCUACGGGACGUUCGCCUUCGAGUUUGCCGGCAUUUCGGGGGACACCGUGGCCGUGCUGGCCCGAGGGGGCUCCCUGGGGGGCGUGGGGAGGGAACACAAGAUGGACUCGCUGGGUCCGCCGCCACCGCCGCACCCAUCCGAAAACAUGUCCAUCCUGUAGGGCCCGACGUGCUGGAUUAUUCUUCCAGGACAGGGGUUGUCGAAUCAGUCGAGUCACUCAAUCCCAUGAUGAUUUGAACUCAAGCAAAGCCCCAACGGAAAACCUUUCUUUCAUUACAUCAGAGCUUUUCCACCUCCUUUCCGCCUGUCUGCAUUUUGCACGUGUGUGUGAAAGCAAAUUUUCCACCCUGCCAGCCAGCCAGCCAGCCGGCCUUCAGCGCCUCGUGUUAGCAUCGGAGAGCUAAAGGUCCAUCAGAUUAAGAAAAAUCUCUUGUUCCCCUCUCCCGCUCUCUCCGUCUCAACAAGUGACCUUGGAUGUUUUCCUCUUCAGGUGAUUACAACCGGGCCUUUUUCAUUUCAUUUGGUGAGUGCGCGCAUGCUAAACACCGAGCUGCUGGACGGCCGCAGCUCAAAUUAGAAAGCGCAAUGCCCGUAUUGUCUGCUGCUCUCAUCGGAGGAAGGUCAGGACAGAAGCAAUAAACUCUCUUCAGAUUGUCCUACAGACCAGUUACGUAAAUACUGUUACACAUAAAAAAAAAAAGGGGGGGGGACCCGGUAUGUAGAAUUUUCAUAGUUUAUCUGAUAUCUAAAAAUGAGGUGAAAUUACAGAUUUGCAUAGCAGGUCCCCCCCCCCGCUCAUAGCGCGAAUGAUGUUUGUUCCCCACUGACAUCUUUGUCACUGUUUGUUUGUACUUAUGUUCUCCAAGUACUGAUGCUGCCUCACAAUGCAGACGCUUGAUUGUCCAAACGUUGCCAACAGACCUCCGUUGCUAUACGAUUCUCUGCCAAAGAUGCUACGCAGACUUCUGUGCAUUCCAUCCGCUCACUGUAAGCUUUUACUUUUUCUUUCUAUAAUAUUCCUCUGAGAGGCGAUGUUGCUGUCAAAAGUGUGCCAAAUAUCACUGUGCCUGUGGCCUCGGUGCUAAUAACAAAGCCUCUCUCUAUAUCGCUGAUUGUAACGUUAUCGCAUCCGUCAAAGCAAUAUUGUACAGUACACUCAAUUUUAUCAGUAUUGGGUACACCACAAAUACAUCCGGAAAAAGAUUACAACAGAUUUACCUUGACUUUUAAGUUUUCCGAGUUUAAAAAAAAAAAAAAGCUAGACUGCCUCCAAAAUGUGAUCAAUAAGUGAUCACAAAAAAUACUCAGCCAUUUCCAAGUGUACCUAAUGUUGCCUAAAAUAGUCACGUUGCCUUGACAUCUAUUUUAAGAGAUGUUUUUUUUUUUUUUUUUAAUGUGUGGGGAUGGAGGCAUUCAUUGGCUUAGUCCAACAUAUUCUACUAUGCUGUACUCCAGAGGUGUGCCAACCAAAAUGACCUAUGCAGCUAUUGUAAUACUUGUUACACGUCAUUAAUUUAUAUUUAUCGCCAUCAUUCCGGACUUAGGUCACUUGUUUUUCCAUCAGUCUGUCAUUUGGCCAUAAAACUACUGUUAAAAAUGAUUUAAAAAAUACAUUAUUCAAUAUUAACAAGCCCAAACUAUACACAUCUUUUUUUUUUUUUUAAUUGUUUAAAGGCCAGUAUGUUUACAUCACUUUUUUUAGUUGUGAAAAACACCUGAAAUUUUCAUUGAUACGUUUCAAGGAAUGUUUCCUCUCCUUUUUGUGUCUUAUUUAUAUAUAUAUAUAUAAAAUUUAAAAUCCGCAGAAGGUCCUGGUGACAAAAAAAACCCACCUGAAAAAACAUAAAAAAAAUAUACCUGUCUAUUAGUUGGUGCUAUUUUUUUCAACCCCAAGCAAAACGUACUGCAGCAAAGAUGAACUAUUUUCCGCCAGCGUGCUUCUUUGGGAAUUAAAUGUCCCAGCAGUCCCACAUUACAUUUUUAGUUCAGCAUUAUUUUUCUUUUAUAUUCGUCCACCAGAUGGUGCCAGUUUUCUCCAUUAGAAAUAAGUUAGCAAAAACAAAUACACUCUGGUUUUCUUUCAAAAUUUGAGGUUUUAUCAUGUUUUCCACAAGUGGACUACAUACGGAAAUAAUCGAGUACAAAAAAGUUAAGCAACCCCUCGCACUAUAAUUUUUGCCUUCUAAAUUCCCCAUUUGUUUUCAUUUACUGACUCAUCUUUACACUCAGGAAAAUGUUAGGACAUAACACAAUUCACUUCUGUUCUGUCGCCUUGAUUUACUGUUGACAACCCAUUGUGUACUUUUUUUGUUUUUGUUUUAUGGUUUAAAAACAAAAAAAGACCAUUCCAAUAUCAUUAGCUCACUGCGCUGCCAAGCUACACCAUGUUAAAUAAUAGCAAAAGCUAUCAUGCAAUCAUUAGUAGACUAUGAAAUAAUUAAUCUGUAAACCGCGCGUACAUAAAUAUUAGAUGUACAUACUGUAUGUGUAUAUUCAGUACUCAAAUCAGCUGCCCAUGUGCCUUAUAAUUAAAAGCAAACCAAAGAGGUUGCAGUUGUAAAUUCUAUUUUGAUGAUUGUAUACUGUGUAUGUGUGUUUGUGUGUGUGUAUAUGUGUGUGUGUAUGCCUUUAUGUUCACAAAUAAACCGUUUUAAAUAAAUUACCCCCCCCCCCCCCCCCCCCCUUCGCUUUAUUGCACAAAAGCAAACACUCUGCACAUAGGCAAUUGACACCUUUAAUUUUCUUUUGGUUGAAUUAUUUACAGUCCAGUUAUAUUUUGCCAACUAAAAAGAUGACAGCAGAGAGGACACCAAUCACUUUAUCAAAGAAUAUUUUUUGGAGAAUUAAGACAUAAUCCCCCCCCCCAAAAAAAUAAUGCCCGUUAAAACACACAUUAAGACUCUCUGUUACUUGGCAAUUUGUAAAACAAAUGGAAAACGAAAAAACAUUUGUUUUUACUUGCAUGCUUAAAAAAAAGGCAGUGACAUUUUGGCUAAUUUUGAUUAGGUUGAGCAUUUGUGCCUUUUUUUUUUUUAAAAACUUUUAGUUGCGUGAUAAAUGGCUCUUUGCAAUUUUUAUGACAAGUUUAAUUUGAUUUUGAGAUGG